AAUUACAGAAGUAGAUGAGUAACUUAACGGUCUAACCAGGCUCCUCCAUGUCCUUUUCUUAAAAGUUAAGCUGACCCCAUUUGUAGGCAACGGUCACAAGAUUUGAAAAAUAGAACUAAAAAAAAAGUGAAAAUUUUUAAAGAAAGAAAAAAAAUUGACACACAAUGCUUUAACGAUCAUCAAUAAUUCUUUUAUUUUCAUUGUUUACCUUCAAAGUAAUGCUCUAGUUUCUACAGCUCCGAUCUGACAAUAUUAUCAAGAAAUGAUAAAAGCAAUGAAGAAAUUCAAGAAAUUGUGGCCAAAAAAGAAGAAAAGAAAGAGAACUCAUCAAGAAUCUUAUUACUAUCUACCACCAGUACCGCUGCCGCCGCCACCGCCGCUACGACCACCGCCACCGCCACCAGUUCACUGUUGUUACUCGUACUCAAUUCCACUUCAACCUUCAGCUCCACCAUUGCCUCCAUGGCUAGAGUGUGUUCAAAGUCAAAGACAGUUCCAAUGUGAAGAGAUAGUUUUGGAAGCAGCAGCGGCGGAUUCGGAAAUUUUUCAUAAGGUUCGGUCAUGCGUGGAAGCAACUGCAGUUGAUGAUACAUUGAGCUACCAGCAAUACACUGUUCCAAAUCCUGUUUAUGGUGUACCUGUAAUUGAGCAGACAUUAAUAAAAGAGCGAUCAAGUGAAUUUUUUGGAUGUUUUUUGGGGUUAGGUGCUAAUUUUAUUCGCUGCUUCUGUCCUUGUUUUAGCAGAAUAUGAAACCUUUAUGAAACAGAGUUAUAAUCAAAUUAUUUUAUGUUAAUUCUUGUUUUAGUAUUGGCUUAAAAACAAGAAAAUAAAGAUGAGGGGUUUAUUGUUUAUUUAUUGUUUUAGUUUGUAGUACUUCAUUGAGUUGUCAAAUCAAGUCUCAGUAAAAAAUUUAAAAUAGCAUUUGAGCCUUUUCAUGUAAA